AUGGUUUACCUGCUGCUCCUCCUGCCGCUGCUGACCUCCACUGAAGGACGCACGGCUUCCAACCCACCUGCGCAGGUGAUGAGGACACUCCCCCGGAGACAAACGCCCUACCUCGACCUUCCCAUGUUCUUGGACUCCAAGCAGCCGCUGGUGGAGAAGGAGCACUUCUCUCCAGCCAAAGGCACCGGGCAGGAGAAGCUCCCGGGGACGCUGCGGGAGAUCCUGCUCCCGGCGAGGCCCAGCGCCACCCCGCCCAGCGCCGCGGGUGUCUCCGUAAAGACUUCGUGCGAGCGGAGGCAGAUGCGGGUGCAGGUGGAGAGGAGCGUUCUGGGAACCGGGGACCUCACCGGGCUCAAACUGGGGACGUGCGGCUUCAGCAAGUCUACCGAGGAUCACCUUUAUUUUGAGUAUGACUUUCGCAUGUGUGGAACCAAACGCACGAUAAUAGAUAACCAGGUGGCCUAUUCAAACACGCUCCAAUAUGACCCACCAGUGCAGCAAGGACCAAUCAGACGAAGUGUGCCCUUCGCCCUGCCUGUUACGUGUUAUUUCAACAGGUACCAAUAUUCCUACAAAAUUGGCUACACACCAAAGGUGCAGUUGCGUAAGAUCUUCAAGAAGAUGAAGAAUGGAGUGAAAUUCAUUCUGACGCCACGGAAUGCUCAGUGGGAGAGACUCUCUCCAUCAGAUCAGUAUGUGCUGGGGAAACCCAUGUACUUUGAGGCCGAGGCCCUGCCCACAGCUCAUGAUGAAAGGCUGUACGUCCACUCGUGUUACGCGACUCCCGAGAGGUCCCACACCUCUACGCCUCAAUUUCCAGUCGUGACAAACUUUGGAUGUAUGGUUGAAAGCAAGGACAGUCGCUCCAGAUUCAUUCCAUACAAAAACGACGCUGUGAGAUUCUCUGUGGAUGCCUUCCUGUUCAAGGGAGUGACGGGACAGCAACUCUACAUGCACUGCACUAUGUCCGUGGGCAGCUCGGUCCCCUCUCCGACAACCAAGUCCUGCAACUACGACACGGAAGCCGGGAGAUGGGUUGAGCUGUUUGGACCGGACUCUGUGUGUGCCUGCUGUGACUCCAACUGUAGCUCUGCUGCAUCCAGAGUGACUCAAAUAAUCAGCAGCAAAUCAUGGAAAAUCGAGCCGAAAGCGAAACCCUCCACAACAAACAGGAAGGUGGUCUACAACACAACAACAACGAAACCAACAACAUCACAACAACUAGAGACGACCAGAAAGGUGACUGAGCAGAGGCGGACAUCGACGCCUGAAAAGACAGCUGUGACUGCAGUGGGUAAGGCGGAGAACACGGACAAGGAGUUGGAGUGGCCGUUUGGAGGUGGAGGAGUUGUGUGGGAGGAGGAGGAAGGUGAGGAGAAGCAGGUGAAGGGUUCUGCCGUUGUGGAGGAGAAGGAAAAGGAGGUCGUCAAACUGAGUCAGAAUCAGCCGAAAACAGCGCUGGAAGCGACUGUCAUCCAGGUGCAGCUCUGGGAGAAGGUGGGGGAAUUCCCCGAGCUGUGUGUGUCUCUGGGGGAUCCCAUGGAUCCGGCUUCUGGAUAG